AUGGCGUCUCUGCUAAAUGAAAUAUUGUUUGAAACAAGUGGCCAAGGCCAACGUCCUUAAAAAUAUUUUUUCCAACUUGUUGUAACAAAAACUGAGGUGAUAUGGAGGUGGUGGAAGAUUUCACUGAGACAGUUUCAGGGGUUGGCACAUGGGGAGCUCAAACAGUCUCGUGAUGAGUUUUUAAGUGAUGCUAGAGUUCAUUACCAGGUAGGUGCAGUGUUUGGUUCUAGGAUCCUGGAAUAUAGCUAGGCUCUAUUCCAAGGAUGCUUUAAUUACUUGGAGCGCCUGUCUGACCAAUUGCUGCUCCAUAUCCUCUCUUACCUGACUUUCUGGGACAUUGGCCGCCUCAGCCAGACCUCACACAAGUUUAAGAAGCUUUGUGACUCUAAGGAUUUGAGGGAGCAGGCGGUACAGAGCUGCUGCGAUGAUAUCACACCAGAUAUGGAGAUACUGGCCAAUGCAAUUGGCUGGAGGAGGAUCUAUUUCACCUUCUACCACACCUAA